AUGAAUACGUUGGUUCUGCAAUCUGCGAGUACGAUUUUUCCUCAGAACAAACGCUGUAUAAGGAGAGUAAAAUCGCCGCGAGCAGCGCUGGUGGAGUCGAAGCCUCGACCAGUUCCGGCAACCAGAGGCGGCGGGAGUGGUGGCAACAAUGUUCCAGGGACUGUGCUGCGAGUUCAAGAGGAAUCUUCCUCCUAUGCUCUAUCUUCCAGAGACCGAGCUGAUGAUAUGCAAGCAGAAGCCAGGGCAAUGGCCCGCGCUGCUAACGCUUCUAUAUAUACACCAGAAUUUUUAGCCGCCAAAUACGGUUCGCGCCCUAUCAAGGUCGUGCAGAGGGCGAUAGAAAUAUUUUCUGGACUUGGUUCUUUUGCCUUUAAGCUGUGGCUUGACCAGUUGGAUGGGAAGCUCGAUCGGAACCAAAGAUUGCGGGCAGUUGAACUUAGGCAGGUUUUCACGAGGUUGGGACCUACUUUUGUAAAAAUUGGCCAGGGCUUGUCCACAAGGCCUGAUUUGUGUCCACCAGCAUACCUCGAGGAACUCUCUGAAUUGCAGGAUGCUUUGCCAACUUUUCCAGAUGAUGAAGCAUUCGCAUGCAUUGAGAGAGAGUUGGGGCGUUCACUCGAAUCUGUUUAUUCAUUAAUAUCUGCAUCUCCGAUUGCUGCUGCCAGUCUAGGUCAAGUGUACAAAGCUCAGUUGAAGUACUCUGGCCAGGUUGUUGCUGUGAAGGUGCAAAGACCUGGUAUUGAAGAAGCAAUAGGGCUAGAUUUUUAUCUUAUAAGAGGUUUAGGUUUCCUCAUAAAUAAAUAUGUUGAUAUAAUUACAAGUGAUGUUGUUGCUCUUAUUGACGAAUUUGCUCGAAGAGUUUACCAAGAGCUCAAUUAUGUGCAGGAGGGGCAGAAUGCAAGGAGAUUUAAAAAGUUGUAUGCUGACAAACAAGAUGUACUUGUCCCAGAUAUUUUUUGGGACUACACGAGUGGGAAGGUUCUAACAAUGGAGUGGGUUGAAGGAGUCAAACUAAAUCAGCAAGAUGCCAUUGAGAGACAGGGGCUCAAAGUUCUGGAUCUCGUUAACACAGGCAUUCAAUGCAGUCUUAGACAGCUACUUGAGUAUGGGUAUUUUCACGCAGAUCCUCAUCCGGGGAAUCUCUUAGCAACACCUGAUGGGAAGCUCGCUUUUCUUGAUUUUGGAAUGAUGAGUGAAACUCCCGAAGAAGCAAGAUCUGCCAUAAUUGGUCAUGUUGUCCAUAUGGUUAAUCGAGACUAUGAAGCUAUGGCUCGUGAUUAUUAUGCAUUAGACUUUUUGUCCCCUGACGUCGAUGUAUCUCCCAUCGUACCAGCUCUAAGGAACUUCUUUGAUGACGCACUAAAUUCGACUGUGAGUGAGCUCAACUUUAAAACCAUCGUGGAUGGUUUGGGUGCUGUUUUAUAUCAAUAUCCAUUUAAUGUUCCAGCUUAUUAUGCAUUGAUUUUAAGGUCACUUACUGUUCUGGAAGGGUUAGCACUGUAUGCUGACCCUAAUUUUAAAGUGCUGGCUGCAUCAUAUCCAUAUUUUGCUAAAAGGCUUCUUACUGAUCCUAAUCCAUAUCUGAGAGAUGCUCUUAUUGAGUUGCUAUUCAAGGACGGGAGAUUCAGGUGGAACAGACUUGAAAACCUGCUAGUUCAGGGAAGGAAAGAUAGAGAUUUUUCUGCUAAAGAUGCUUUACAACCUGUCCUCAAACUAUUAUUGGGUCCAGACGGUGAAGAACUAAGGGUUUUAGUGAUUAAAGAGGCUGUUCGUGUCACUGAGGCUGUUGUCCUGGGCUCUGUAGUUGAAUCAUACAACUCUGUUAAUGAGCUUAUGAGGACUCUUAUUUUCAAUGGCAAUGCAACGGGUCCAUUUGCAAUGACCACUGCUGAUCAAGAAAGCAUGUUGGAGCUUAGGGCACAAGUAAUUAGGAUAUGGAGGUUACUGCAGUCCUCAGAGAACUUUGAUCCUAGUAUUUUGCUGCCCAUUUUACAGGUACUCCAAGAACCUGAAGCACGAAAUUUUGGAGGGCGCGUGGUUGGUGGAAUUACUCAACGUCUUGCAGCACGCUUACUACAACAAAUCCUCCGAGUUCCACCAUCAGUUUCUGCUCCAACAUCAUAA